AUGGCGGGAUUAUUCGACAAGCAAGCGGCGAUAUACUUGGAUUCAAGGCCUACUUAUCCAAAAGAGUGGUAUUCCAUGCUGGCGGAGCGAACCUCAAAUCACUCUCUUGCUUGGGACGUCGGCACCGGCAACGGCCAAGCAGCUAUAGGUGUUGCUGAACAUUACGAGCAGGUGAUCGGAACAGAUGUUAGUGAAGGGCAGCUGAAGUACGCAAUGCCACAUCCCAAAGUUAGCUACGUCCACACGCCACUCUCCAUGUCCGAUGAUGAACUAGUUACCUUAAUAGGUGGCGAAGGUACUGUUGAUUUGAUAACUGUAGCAGCAGCAGUUCACUGGUUCGACCUUCCAAGAUUCUACUCCGUUGUCACUCGCCUUCUUAGAAAGCCAGGAGGCGUAAUCGCUCUCUGGGGCUAUAAAGGCAUUAAUAAGAUUAGUCCUGCCUUUGAUGCAGCCACACAACAUUGGUUUCAGACAGUACUUCCUUAUAGGAAUUCGAAGGCUGACAGUGUGGACGAUGCAUACAAGACACUUCCAUUUCCCUUUGAGAGUGUAGGGUUGGGUUCUGAAGGGAAUCCACUCUUUCUUGAUAUCCCAAAGGAAGUUUCAUUCGAGGGGUAUUUGGGAUUCCUUAAAUCAUGGUCUGCAGUUGCUACAGCAAAGGAACAAGGCGUGGAUUUGUUGCCUGCAGGGGUUGUUAAAGAGUUGGAGACUGCUUGGGGAGGUGCUAAUCUAGUUAGAACUAUUGUGUACAAGGCAUUUAUGCUUUCUGGAAAAGUAAAGCUUUAA